AUGUCAACACUCUCAGGCUGCGAAUCAGAAAAUGCACAUUUCAUACCCGUUUCGCUGUUGUCGGAGGCGGAAGACCCGUUUUCUGGCCAUGGGCCAUCACGAGGCUAUCGACCGGCGACAAGGGAGUCCAGUGCGAACACAAGUCACAGCUCUAUAGAUGGAACAUGGGAUAGUGGCUCUCACCCGCGAAGGAGUAUUGUAACAGAAUUGGGUCAGAAUGCCAUAUCUACGCUCCUACGGCCGCCAAUAUUAUGGACUGGGGUUCCCCCUCGCAUCGCGAUCCAUUCAACCUCACAGAAACCACCCACAUCUCGAGACAUACCUCCCGUCACUCUCACCACCGUCCUCACUGUCGAUCCCUCAACUUUCAAAGAAUACCUGCGCGACCUUGGGCCCCUUUUUGACACUUUUCAGCACACGAAGCUCACGUCCGGAGAAAGCGGCAUAGAAAGAUUUUAUAAAGACAUCUCCGCUACUAAAGGCGAGGAAUGUAUGCCGCGCAAAAGGCGGAAGACGAGCCCUUCGAAGCACGGCCAGACUGAACUCCCACCACUAUCUAUCAUCCCCUCUGUGUAUUUCGAUAAAAAUUUCCGCCUUGAGAAUCCGCGCAUUUUCGAUGUUGUCAGUGAGCACGCGGAAGUUUUAAGACCGCCACUUUCCAUAUUUGGAGACCAUGACAAGGGCGUGAAUGGCGCUGCUACAGAUAAUACACCACAUCCUGCUAGAAAGACGCUUACUACCAAUGCAAUGUUACAAGAGAAGCUGUCAUGGUAUAUGGACAAUGUGGAGAUACACCUGAUUUUUUCGAUUUCGCAAGCGUCAUCUUCUUUUUACGCCGCACUCGACUCUCUUCGUAGCCUCCAGGAGGAGAUAGCCAACUCUGUCAAAAUUCUACGGAAAAUGAGGAAGCAUCUUCGACGUUUGGACGAAGAUAUGGUAGUGCACAAUCUGAAAAUUAUCGGCUUGAAGAGAAGGCGAGACAACUUGAGAAAACUCGGUGACGCUGCCAAACAGCUUCAAUAUGUCCUCAACGGUGCUAAUCAUUGCGAGGAUCUCGUAGACUCUGGGCAGCUAGAGACAGCCGUACAACACAUCUCCUACGUCGAGCAUCUUGCAUUCGGAACACUGGAUGCGAAUAUUAGCCGGGAACUGCACUGGCUUCUACCGGACCCAUCCAUCAAGCUUAUCGAUCUGCGAAAGCUACAUGCUCUUGGGGGUUCAUUGCAAGGUAUUAAACAGCUUCGACAGCGGAUCUGGAAGGGUUAUGAAACUCGACUAUUGAACAUUCUUUUGUGCGACUUGCGCAGACAUGUGUUCAUUGUACCAUCGAAAGGCACUCUAGCGCACUGGACGGAUGCCACAAAAAGCGCACGGGGCGCUGGGGGUGUCUCCAUGACGAAUACAGAAAAGCUACGGGAACAACUCAUCCCUGUUAUACAAGAACUUAGCCAGUCUCAGCGUUUAGUUGCGGUAAGUACCUUGAUUCGCGAAGCUGUCAUCCGAGAGAUGAAGACUCUUAUCUUUCAACGCCUACCAAAUUCUCCUAACGACAAAAAUAAGUCUGUUAUGUCUGUGCCCACGCAGGCCAGCAGUCAUCAUCUGACUCAACAGGAAAGGUUGAGCUGUUUGUCUCAGAAUUUGCGUGCUCUUAGUUCUGAGGACGCUGAAGCGUUUUUUGUCAAGGUCUACUGCGGAAUAGGUGAGGCGUUACGGAGACUUAGUGUACAGAUCAAGGUUCUCCUUGAUAUCACAAGCGAUUAUUCGCCGAGCGUUUCGGCUUGUAAUGUCCAGAAAGAGACGACUCAAACCCUUGACUUGUCAUGUCUCCUUGUACAGGCGGUAGACGAGACACAAUCGGAUAUUAUUAAAAUGCUGCAAGCGAGAACUGAGCAGACUGUUCGCCUUGGGCUGGCUAGUUUCUUGAGCCACGUCAGGUUGAACCUUCUAUUUGUCAGCGAAUGUGAGGUAGUUUCAGCAAACUCUGGAGGGGCACUCAAAGACAUUGUGUAUAACCAAGUUGGUAGCUUUAUCCGGCUUCUGCAUGAAGCGGAAAAGCAAAAGCUGGUACAAAAGAUGGGGUCUGAAAAGUGGGAACGAAUAGAUAUUAAGCCCCAGGAUGCGUUAACCCUGAGGUAUAUUCUCCAGUCCAUGACCACUGACCCCCCCGCAUGGCUCGGCUACACGGACGGUAAUACCAUAGCUCUGGAAACAGGCGAACAGGAUUUGUGGGCAAACCCCAACCCCGCAGAGUCAACGAGUACUUUUGAGAAAGAGCCGACAUUGGCGACCAUUGGUGAGGAGAAGUUCAUGCUCACUGAUUCCACAGUGUCUGCGCUUCGCUGUAUAGAGCAAUAUGCAAUAUUCCUAACAUCAAUCCCCAGCAAGACCAAUGAAAUCUCGACUGUGUUACUCGAUUAUAUUAAAUUGUAUAACUCCCUCACCCAACAGCUUAUUCUUGGUGCUGGCGCCAAAAUAACUGCUGGGCUGAUCAAUAUCAAUACCAAACACCUUGCCCUUGCCUCCCAGUCACUGUCGUUUUUCAUUGCUCUAUUACCCUAUGUACGCGAGCUUGUUCGUCGUCGACUAUCUUUCACAGUCUCCAGCAUAGUGGAAUAUGACCGGCUGAAAAGCUUGCUCCAAGAUCAUCGAUCUUCUAUUCACGACAAGGUCAUUGACAUCAUGAGUUCUCGCACGACUAGUUACAUUAAGGAGAUGGAGAAAAUCAAAUGGGAUGAUCACGAUGAGGUACAGAGGAAUGUUAGUCCACAUAUGGAGACGCUUACAAAAGAGGCGCUCACGCUACAGCGAAUUCUAAGCAAGUACUUACCAGCUCUGAGCGUGAGGACCAUCGUCAGACGAAUCUUUGAGAACUACAAGGAGAAAUGGAGUAAGGCGUUCGAAGCUGCGUCGAUACGAACUGAGGCCGGGAAAGCAAGGCUUCUGCGAGAUGCAGAACUGCUUAAAGCAAAUCUUGACAAGAUUGACGGUGCAGAAGAGCUCGGUGUACACAUGAUCAAUAUUGCCACGGCCAAACAAAUCACGUAG